GAAAGGGAGGGGGGCGGAUUUCAGGAGCUCUCCACCACAAACGUGUCAUUACACCACAGGAAUGAAUCAAAUCAAACGGACGCCAAGCACACAGUUCUUUUGCUUAACUUCAUGGUUUAUUAUCUAAAUCAGCGUCGUUUUAGUUUCUCAUAGACAUAACAGGGAAAGUUUUAUAUCUGAGAAGGAAUACCUGCCAACGAACGGAACGCAUCAUCCGCAAACCGUCACACCUUCGCCUCAGUUGAGGAGAUCGGAUCUGCUUUCGGACUGCAUUAUCUUGUUUGUUUCUUUUUGGGGGUGAGGGACAAGUCCCUUGAAGAUUCCAGAGAAUGGUAAAUGAUCGAUGGAAAAUCAUGAACAGUGUUUCAGAACUCGAGGAUGGACAGCAGCAUAAAUCGCAGAGGAUGAGCUGUAGCUAUCUCCUAUGCACCAUCUUGCUCUUUGUUGCUGUGUUACUGGCUGUCACAGUAACCGGGAUCAUCCUUCUGAUGAACCAUUACCAAGCACCCAGUGGCCCGGACGGCCCCCCUCUCAUCAGCACCAACCAGGAUGAGGGUAAUGCCCUGGUAACUAUCGAGAGAGGCGACGGCUCCCGCAUCAACAUCUUCAUUGACCCCAACUGCCCCGACUACAACAAUAACUUCCUGCGUCUGGAGGGUGUGCAGACCUCGCUGCUGCACUCGCUCACUGACCAUGACACUGAUCUAAAGUCAGUGAAAGGGCAAGAUCGGGCUCUGCUUGUUAAACUGGCAGAGGAGGUGGCCAAGCUGUCCGCCCAUGCCAGUCAGUUGAAGAUGGAGUACAACGCGCUGAGACAAGGCCAGAGCAACAUUGGACAGGAGCUCAGCACCCUGCAGACCGAACAGGGCCGACUUAUUCAGCUGCUGUCGGAGAGCCAGAUCAACAUGGUGAAAGUGGUGAACUCUGUGAGCGAUGCACUCAGCUCUAUGCAGAAGGAAACCGGAAACAUCAAGAGCCGUCUCAAGGCAGAUCUGCAGAGGGCUCCGGUGCGCAGUGUCCGGCCCAAGGGCUGCGCCGGUGGAGAAGGUUCCAGACCCAGGGAUUGCAGUGACAUCUAUGCCAGCGGGCAAAGAGAGGAUGGUAUCUACUCUGUGUUCCCCACACAUUACCCAGCAGGCUUCCAGGUCUUCUGUGACAUGACUACUGAUGGGGGCGGAUGGACGGUGAUUCAACGCAGAGAAGAUGGCUCUGUUAACUUUUUCCGUGACUGGGAGGCUUAUCGUGAAGGAUUUGGCAAGAUAACAGGAGAGCAUUGGCUUGGCAUGAAACGAAUCCAUGCACUUACCAUUCAAGCCAACUACGAGCUGAGGAUUGACUUGGAGGACUUCGAGAACAGUACCUCCUUUGCGAAGUAUGGCUCUUUUGGAGUGGGUUUGUUCUCUGUUGACCCCGACGAGGAUGGCUACCCACUGAGCGUUGCGGACUACUCUGGCACGGCAGGCGACUCGCUGCUCAAACACAACGGGAUGAAAUUCACCACUAAGGACAAGGACAACGACCACUCUGAGAAUAACUGCGCGUCCUUCUACCACGGCGCCUGGUGGUACCGCAACUGUCACACCUCCAACCUCAACGGACAGUACCUGCGCGGCCAGCACACCUCGUAUGCGGACGGCAUCGAGUGGUCAUCCUGGACGGGUUGGCAGUACUCGCUGAAGUUCACCGAGAUGAAGAUCAGGCCAACCAAAGAGGAGAAUAAAUGAGUGAGAACUAGAAAACAUAACAAAGAGCUCAAAGGUGGCUGUAGGUGUUAGAGACACUCGAUGCAGAACGCAAGAACUUUCCCACGACAACUUCUUUCUCAUGUUUCUGUUUCUAUCCAUCUUUCAAACCCCGUUUUCCCACCAUCUUGUAGUGUUUGUGCUAACGCCCAAUGGGCUGAUGUUUUUCUCUUGAUCUACUGUUCAAAUCUCUGAAUAUUAUUACAAAACAUUGCAGGUAUUGUCAAAAAUGUACUAUAUAUACAUAUAAAAAAAAGAUAGUUGUUGUCUAAAAAAAAGAAAAAGAAAAAAACAAACUUCUGUAGCUGUGAAAUUUAGCAAGAACGUGUAGCUUUUCAUAAAAAUAAAGACUUUUAACUCUUCAGACAUCUGACGGAGAGGCCGCUUGUCCUAUGUUAUUUUUGUUCAGUGCUUAAUCAAUAAUUCGUAGUUAAACAUGACAAGGUUGCUAUUGGCGUGUCCAGCCCCUGCUGUAAUAUCUGGGAUGUGACUAGAUUUUCCCACAUGACGAGUAAACACGUUAUUGAUCACCAGGGAUGCUCAAAGAGUAUAUGUGUCACAGUGGUGGCUUUCAGAGUGAUGGGCCACAACAGGCGCAUUUUUCACUGUGACAGGUCAGUCGGUGGAAGGUUUUAUCAGUAGAGAAGCUGAACGUCUCGCAGAAAACACAAUAACCCUUUGGUGUUACUGCCAGAUAGAAGAGUGUUGGAUUUUAUCUUCUGCACAAUAGGUCAGAUUCACCAGAAAUUACAAUGAGAUGGAUUGACGGAGCUUUAAGGCUCCAACUUGGAGAAGAUCCGAGAACUGAACUUGGGUCGAACAGCUUUUUGUUGUUGUGAAGAGACCCGACUCUUCUGUUUUAAUAGUCAGUUCAUCCUGCAGAUCAUUUCAGUAGCUUAUUUAGUAGCUCAUUAGUUUUUAAUUUAAUGUCAUUUGUUUCAGGUAAACUGUGAAGUUCUUAAAAUCUUAUGCUGAAAGGAAUAGUUUACCCUAAAAUGCAAGAGGUCAAGAUUUGAAUUACAUUUAAAGCAUGCAUAUUAGGCCUAUUACAAACAGACUGGCAAAAACACCAGUGCUUUGUUGGUUUUUGAGGCUCUUUUAAGUGGAAAAUGAACCUCAAAAGACAUAUAUUUUUACAACAGUUAGUUCUCAACCUGCUUUGUGGGGAUCCUUCAGCGACUCUAUGCAUGUUACAUUGUUACACCAAUAGGUCGCAAUUAAUAAGUGAAUCAUUGAUUCAUUUCCAUUCGAAGAACACAGAUUCAUUUGGAAACAAACAACAGGCUCUUUUAUGAGUGAACCAUUGAAUCAUUUACUUGCCUGACUUGUUCAUAAAAAUGUUGGUUCAUUCAGAACGAAAGAGUGAUUAUUUAUAUGUCAAUAGCUUACUGAUUUAAUCCAAAUAAUGAAUCAUUAAGAAAGAAACACCACUAUUUGUUUGUUGCUCAGAGGUGCGCAACAAUUCUGUUUUGACUGUUUUCAUUGGCGGAGCAAAAAUAAAGUAUCUGGCGAUACAGUCUAAAUUUCUUUAACUGUUGUAUAAAAUCAUGAAUGUGAAUGUAACUCAUUUUACUGAUUUUGGUGUAAACUAUUCCUAAUGUUGCGUCUCUUUCUGUUUGUAUUUGUUUGUUCUUUUCAUCUAUGCAGAAUUUCUCUUUUUUUUUUCAUUUAUGGCACUGACGC